AUGGCUGGUUCAUCAGGUUUGGUAUGGGAUGACAAGCUCUUCUCUGGGGAAUUGAAGCAAAUAAGGCCUAAAAAUGAAGAAGACACAACAAAGACCAUGCAACGUAGUCGAUCCGAUGGUAACAAAGCAUAUCGCUCUAUGAACGUCGCACCCGCUGCCGACCCACCGUCUCCGAAGGUCUCCAGCUGCGGUAUGUGUGGCAUGUUCGGGAAGCGGGCGACCGGCCAGAAGCGCAGAACCGGCCACCGUAAGUCAUAG